AUGACAAUGGAGGAGAGGACCGUAACUUACAUAGGCUAAUAAGUGUUUGACUGACAGCUUACUGUGCUAAGCCUAUUUUAGAGUAGGAGCGCGGCCAACGAGUUCCAGUGCGCAUGCGCGCUUUUUACAACCAUGACGGCAAGCCAAAGCGGGCGGAUGGUUGAGCAGAAAAAAUUAAUUCUUUUGUUUGGUUGACGCACCAGUUUGGAGCGAAGUCGAGAGUCCAGUUAUCCUACCGACAGUACCAUAGUAUAACUCCAUGGCUUCCCCUGUAUCCAGUAUCAGGUUUGAUUUUGUUCGAAGCCAUACAGUGACCAUCAUGCAGGCCUCUUAACUUCGAAACCAGACAAGCUUCCAUUCACCCUUGUCUGCAACCUUUGGCCAUGACUGAAGAGGACUAUGGGUGCUUUGUGGAUUGGGACAAGAUGGGAGAGCUGGCAAAGAGCAGCGGUCCCAGCAAGCUGGACUGCAAGGACCCACGGGAGCUGAAGAGCCUUGCUAGGCAGGGCCACUGGGCCAAGAAUCACAAGCUGCGGGCCCAGAUCUACCAGCAGCUUAUAAAAGCCAUCCCCUGCCGCACUGUCACUCCAGACGGGGAAGUAUACCGUGACAUAGUCGUCAACAUCACCGGCAAGAAGGACCCCACCUGCAUCCCCUUGCCCGAGUUUGUAGACAACACGCCAGUGCCCAAGUAUUGCCUGAAAAAAGAUGGAUUUGGGGCAGCCCACAAGAUCUUGGCGUGUGUAGCUAGCCAGUUCCCAGACAUCUCUCACUGUCCCAUGCUGCCAGCCAUGACCUCCCUGCUUCUGCACUUCAGCGCCGACGAGGCGCAGUGCUUUGAAGCAGUAAGCCGCCUGCUGGCCUGCAAUGAGCCUGGGCGCCGCAUGCUGGACCAGACCUUCCUGGCCUUCGAGUCCUCAUGCAUGACCUUUGGUGACCUGGCUCAAAAGUAUUGCCCAAGCGCUCACAAGCUGAUAGUGGCCACUGCCCAGGAUGUGUUGGAGGUGUACUCUGACUGGCUGUGUUGGGUUCUUGGUGACCUCCCCUUCUCCCAUGUAGUCAGGGUGCUUGAUGUCUUCCUUGUAGAAGGCUACAAGGUCCUAUAUCGUGUGGCUCUGGCCAUUCUUAAGUUCUAUCGCAAACACAAGGCUGGUCAGGCUCAGCUUGGAAGCCAAGAUUCUGCUGGCGUCAGGUCGGACAUACGGGCCUUUGUUCGGGGCAUCGGCUCUUCUGUCUCCCCUGAAAAACUUCUAGAAAAGGCCUUCUCCAUCCGUCUCUUUACCCGAAAGGAGAUAUCAUUACUGCAGCUCGCCAAUGAGAAGUCCCUGCAGCAGAAGGGCAUCACCGUCAAACAGAGGAGGAGGCGGAAUGUACAUCUGGCAGUGGACGCAGAGAACUUCUCCUCAGAUAUUGUCAGCACCAAGGAGAUGCGAGACAUCUGGUCCUGGAUCCCAGAGCGCUUUGCCCUAUGCCAGCCCAAGCUGCUAUUCACCACCUCCAAACAUGGCUGCAGCCUCAACAGGUUCUACUCCCACUGUGAGGGUCAUGAACCCACGCUGAUGCUUAUCAAGACCACUGAUCGGGAGGUGUGUGGAGCCUACCUCUCCACUGACUGGGAAGAGCGUAAGCGGACUGGGAACAAGCUCAGCUUUUUCGGGACAGGGGAGUGCUUUGUUUUUAGGAUGAAGCCGGAGAUGGACAGGUUCGAGUGGGUGGUGAUCCGUCACCCCGAGCGGGCAUCUGCCGUUCCCACUCAAGACAGCCCAACACAUGACACUGAGACCUCUGACCAGGGCAACUCAACCGCCAACACCCUGAUGCCUGGCCAGCCCGGCACUGACCCCUCCGAUCGCCUGUCCCCCUUCCUCGCCACUCGCCACUUCCACCUGAGCUCCAUGAACAGCUCCAUGUUCAUGGCCGGAGGCAUCGAUUCCAUAAUCAUAGGUGGUGGCGAUGGCAAUGCUCUUUACCUAGACUCAGAGUUGAACCAUGGACGAACAGCAUGCUGCGCUACCUUCGAGAAUCCACCCCUUUGUUCUGAGAACUUCCAAGUGGCCCUGCUGGAGGUGUGGGGCUUUGAAGAUGGUCAGGGCACUUAAGAGGGCAGAAUCAGACCUAGGAAUAGGGCCUUGGCGCUACAGAAAUGCACAUCUCCUGAGUUGGAGUGAGGGGAUCCAGCCAUUGCACUAUACUGAAACACACUCCCUCAGUCAUUAUAAGUGUUGUUCCUAUGUAUCAAGAGCAAGGCUUCGAUUUGUCCUUCUCUACAGUCUUAAUCCCAGUCAUUUCAGAUCUCAGAGUACCGUCCAAUAGAAGAGUCACAUGUUAAAAUGUUCUAAAGGAUAUCACAUAGAUAUUUAAUUUCUUGCACAGACAUAAUGACUUUUUGUUUCGAUUAUGUGCACUAACAUUACUUGCUAGUAUUACACACUCUACUUCUCAUUUAUAUCAGGAUUUUUGACUGUACAAACUGGUAAGUGCAAGCAGCCAAAACAAACAGUCAAAUAUGUGGGUAGCUUACCCAAGCGUCAUGGAGCCCUUGACGGCGUAAACGUAAACGCCUUUUGAAGUACAUAUCUCGGCUAUGAAGGUGAUUUUUGUCAAGUAUGUCUCAAAAUAUUUGUGGUUGUAUUCAAACUAUGAAAUUGGUCUAAAAGAGGAUGCAGCAACCAUGUUGUUUUUUGGGUUAUGUGCGGUUUAUUUGUUCUUAGCUACAUAUCAAAUGUCUAUGCAGUUUAUCUUAGGGUCAUGCAUGAUAUGGUGAAGUUGUGUGGAUGUCAAUCGAUUAUGAAUCAACUGUGCUCUUGAUUUAAAUGUUUAGUUUGUAGGUUUGUUUCCGUCGUAGUGUACUGUGGAAGUUUUGUUUGGUGAAAUGAAGUUAAUAUCUGCACAGAGCUAUAUGAAAGAUUUAUGCUUACUCAGAUUUGGUUAGUACCCACACUUGGUGUCACUUGCAUUGAGACGCCAACUUAAUGCCAGCAUCCUCUUUGGGUAGCUUACGAGGAACCAGGUGAGAUAUUGUGCAUAAAAAUGAAUAUACUACCAUGUUUCAUUAAGACGUCUCCAAUGGUGAAAUGUUAAACUGAUCAAUUUGAGCAAAAUAAUGUAUGCAUGCAAUUUAUCUGUAACGUACUCUUUCCUCCCUGGCUACCCAUAAUCACGUUUUGCUCAUUCAUGAUAUUAAAGUAUUGUAAAGCUGAUGUCCAGUGAUAUUUUUAUAUCUAAACAAAUACAUAUUUCAUUGUGGGUUUUCAUGUAUAUGAAUUAAAGAAGUAGUAAUGCUG